CCAAAUGUAAGAGGACACCGCUUCCUGGUGUGGACUUAUAAUAAUGGACCGAUGAGUGAGACAGGAGGUAGACCUGCGUAAGACGGGAACAGAAGAGGCAUCGUAUACAGUCGGAGGAAUGUCAGACGUAAACAAAUCUGCAGAGGAUGGAGGCUCCUUCUCGUCCAAGGUCAUCAACAUUGUGUUUAUCACUCUGCUGUUGGACCUGCUGGGAUUUACACUGAUUCUGCCUCUGCUGCCUUCGAUUUUGGACCAUUAUGCACAAACAGGGGAUGGCGUGUAUCAGUCUCUGCAGAGUGUUGUGGACUGGUUCAGGGAAGUCGUCGGGAUCCCCAUGGAAAAGAAAUACAACAGCGUCCUGUUUGGAGGUCUGAUCGGGUCGCUGUUUUCUCUGCUGCAGUUCCUGUCAUCACCUGUCACCGGCGCUCUGUCAGACCGCCAUGGCAGACGACCCUUGCUCAUUCUUACUACAUUAGGGCUGAUGUCCUCCUAUGCGGUCUGGGCUGUUUCCCGGAGCUUCAGCACGUUCCUUUUGUUUCGAGUAAUUGGGGGCAUUUGCAAGGGCAACGUCAGCCUCUGCACUGCUAUUGUGGCGGACUUGCCUUGCCCGAAAGCACGGAACCGAGGGAUGGCUAUGAUCGGCGUCGCCUUCUCCUUGGGCUUCACUGUGGGCCCUCUGAUGGGCGCCUACUUUGCCCUCAGCUCCAGAACAGCAGGAAAUGUCUUUUACCAAACUCCAGCUCUGCUCGCUUUGGCCUUCAGUGUCGCUGAUCUGCUCUUCAUUUGGGUCAUGCUGCCAGAGACGCUCACAAAGGAUGUCAAGGCCUCAUCUUCAGGUUUUGGGGACUCCAGGGAUCUCCUGAACCCGCUAUCAUUGUUCCAUUUUUCAGCUGUUACCAGGACAAAAGAUCCACCUCCAAAGGAGAGAAUGCAGAAGCUUCAGGCGUUGGGUUUGGUUUAUUUCUGCUACCUCUUCCUGUUCUCUGGUCUGGAGUUCACGCUGAGUUUCCUGACUCACCAACGAUUCCACUUCACAAGUAUGCAGCAGGGAAAGAUGUUCUUCUUCAUUGGUGUGAUAAUGGCGUUGAUCCAGGGCGGCUACGCUCGCAGGAUCAAACCUGGGCAGCACGUCAUGGCUGUUCAAGUGGCAAUCAUAACUUUAAUCCCAGCGUUCAUUGUCAUCGGACUCUCGUGGAAUAUACCGAUGCUUUACGUCGGCUUGGCGUUAUACUCAUUCGCGGCUGCAGUAGUAGUUCCUUGCCUGUCGACGCUUGUUUCUGACCACGGCUCAGCCAAUCAGAAGGGCACAGUGAUGGGGAUCCUGCGUAGUCUGGGCGCUCUGGCCAGAGCACUGGGACCAGUUGUUUCAUCCUCUGUUUACUGGAUAGCUGGAGCUCAGAUCUGUUUUCUCCUCACAUCAGCGUCUUUCGUUAUCCCUCUGAUUCUCCUGAGAACAGCGAGGAGGAUAAAGGAGGAGUAGGGCCUCAAAUACUUGACAGAGACUCUGAUUGCAGAGAAAUUUUGUAGCGUAAAUGAAUGUUAUGAUGUUUACAUCUGCGGGGAAGACAAGCAUUGACGUCUGUCUUUGACACGAACAAAUAUAAUGAGAUGUGUACUUUCUGCACUGUUUGCCAAGGAUCAACACGUGAGACAGAAUAAUGCAAGAGGACGAUGCACACGCCAAAACUGAGGGAUGUUAUAAUACAUGAGUGGAUAUAAUGCUUUUUAACGUGCACGUGUAGACCUGUACAUACUGUGAAAUGUAUGGGUUACAAGUAACAUUUAUGCUCAGUCAUUAUUUUAUAAUGCAGUAUUUUCAGUCACUCAGAUUUUAUAUUUUAAACAGAAGCAUUUUAUUUUAGCUGACUUAAAAAAGGGGAUAUUCUAUUUUCUUGUUAUUAAAAAAAACA